AUGCAGAUGUGGAUUUCAAAGGCCGAGUACGAUGAAUCUGGUCCUGCAAUUGUUCACAGGAAAUGCUUCUAAGGUUGAGAUAGUUGUGGAUAUAUUUCUCAGAGGUUUUGCAAUAGUGUGGAAUGUGGAUUUGCUUGCAGUUUUGAACUCUAUAUACAUGAGAAGUGACCUUGUUCCAGUUUACGUGCUAUGUAAUGAUAGACUUGGUGUCAUUGUGCUUUAUAUUCCUCUAGGUGAGAGAGAGCUUUCAAGAUGUUAUGUCCAUAUGAUGGUAAUGAAGAGUGAGAGAUUGGAUUUAUAUGUAGCUUUUGAUAUGUUUUUUUAUGAAAGGUAUAUGUUCAAAAUGGACAUGGCACGAGGGCAGGGGAAGAUCUAAAUAGGGCGGGGCAUC